ACCCCUCAUCUCAAAUGCCUCGUCUGGAACGGCGAAGAGAACACACCCACAACAAGUUAACAAAACAAUACUGGGUGAAUUGCAACAAUACUAAUAUGUUCUGGAGAAACAAUGAUUGACUAUACGUUUUUGCUUCCAAGCUGUCGCCCUUUUGCGGUUGGGAAGUUCUGAAAAAGCGCAAAAGGACCUGGAACUUUGGAAGAUCUCCAGUUGCUUUCCAGUCUACUGAUCAAGCCGGGGGUCCGGUCGAGCUUUAAAGUCUAUGCAAUACAUUUUAGACUUCUCUCGACUCGGGGAUUUGUGCGCUCGGAAAGCUUGAUUUCUAUAUAAUUUUCCUAGGUUAUGUUUUUGUCGUGGUGGGCACCUUCAUGCGAUAAGGAUAUGGUAUUUCUUUAACAUUAUCCUGGUUUUGUUUUUGACAAUGGAAAGCAAAUGAAAGGGGCAUUUCACGGGAUUAAUUGACAGCACAACGACAGUAUGCGGGAGAGAGACCUACGGAGAGUGUGCAAAAGGGGGCUGCUGCUGGCCGUCUGUGUGGUGUCUCUCUGGGGACAGCUGACCCUUGCAUCGUCACACAGAAGUCACAUAGUGCAUGUCAAAGCAGGGACCUGUGAAGUGAUCGCUGCCCACCGCUGCUGCAACAAGAACAAGAUUGAGGAGAGAUCCCAGACGGUCAAAUGUUCCUGCUUCCCCGGACAGGUUGCCGGGACAACAAGAGCGGCUCCAUCUUGUGUGGACGCAUCCAUAGUUGCACAGAAGUGGUGGUGCCAGAUGCAUCCAUGUAUGGAUGGGGAGGAGUGUAAAGUGUUGCCUGACCUGAAAGGCUGGAGCUGCAGUACAGGAAACAAAGUAAAGACGACGAAGGUGGGUGCAUAAUGUCACACGAUAGUGCUGUCUGUCCUGGAUCUGAAGACUUGGCAUCAGUCAUCUCUUCCUUGACAGAAACCACAGGGACUUCUUGGAUGUGAAGACUAUGUAUUGAAGGAUUGUGGGAUGGAACCAGGGACCAAUAAGGGAAAAAAAGGAAACACUGAAAUUCCACUGUAUGGAUGCAGAGCAGAGACUUGACUUGGAGAUCCCAUAGACUACUGAUUAGAUCCCAUAGAACCAUCUAUCCAGACUAAUGGACUACUGAUUAGAUCCCAUAGAACCACCUAUCCAGACUAAUGGACUACUGAUUAGAUCCCAUAGAACCACCUAUCCAGACACUGGACUACUGAUUAGAUCCCAUAGAACCACCUAUCCAGACUACUGGACUACUGAUUAGAUCCCAUAGAACCACCUAUCCAGACUGCUGGACUACUGAUCAGAUCCCAUAGAACCACCUAUCCAGACUACUGGACUACUGAUCAGAUCCCAUAGAACCACCUAUCCAGACUACUGGACUACUGAUCAGAUCCCAUAGAACCACCUAUCCAGACAACUGGACUACUGAUUAGAUCCCAUAGAACCACCUUAUCCAGACUACUGGACUACUGAUCAGAUCCCAUAGAACCACCUAUCCAGACAACUGGACUACUGAUCAGAUCCCAUAGAACCACCUAUCCAGACAACUGGACUACUGAUCAGAUCCCAUAGAACCAGCUAUACAGACUACUGGACUACUGAUUAGAUCCCAUAGAACCACCUUAUCCAGACUACUGGACUACUGAUUAGAUCCAAUUCCUAGCCAUUAUUGUUUAUGUUUUUUCCUCCAAUGAACUGCUACAGUAGGAGAUCCAAACCUGCAAGGUAUUUAUUCAGUAAAAUCAAAAACUGUGGAUUAUGCAAGCAAGAUAAACCUUAAUGCGAAACAUGUGACGUGACAUUUUCAAAUAUUUUUCCUCUUUUUGCCACAGAGAAGCUCAAUGACUCCAAAACAAAGUGUUUGUGUUCGAGAUUUAGAUCAUAAGCAUAUCCAUUUAUUUUUAACCGUAUGAUGCAGACAUCUCUUCUUUUUAAGGUUUUUGAUUUUUUUUUAAAGCAUUAAGUGUUUGGUUUUAGUAAUUCUGUUGGACUGUCAGGUCUGCUUUUGAAGACUUGAGACAUCAAAGAAGAUGUCACAGUGAAAAAUAGUACUAACUACUAUGUUGCAGUGCUUGAAUUAAAGGCACCAUGGUUUCAACAAACCAAUUAAAAUGACAUUAAGCUGAACUCUAACUGUUUUAAUAUCUGUUUUUAAUAGCCUGGUGACCAACAUUGAGUAAAAGUGUCAGUAUUAUCUCAAUAAACCUAUGUCAAAAGGA